GCUGGAUCACAUGACGGAGUUAGUGCUUCAAUUAUAAAAUAUUCAGUGGCUGCCUUCGCCUAAAACAGUGCACGCAGUCUGAUUUCUGUGGUCCUAUAAAAUGAAUCUGGUCGAUCAAUAUAGAAAACCAAGGCGCUAUGCCUCAAGUGGAACCGUUUUGCCAAACGUUCCCAAAGUUCUGGUGAGAUCGCAGCCAAAUCUUUUAGACAGUGACCUGGAAUCAGAAACGGUCGUUUAUGAAGAACGUAGAACGAUGCGCCGUUUGGACGGGAGGAACACCGUUGAAGGACCAAAGUUUUUCAACCAGCAGUGCUCAGCAGGCCACCGACGGGAGAUAUGGAAGGACGAAGAUUCGGUCGAAGUCGAAGAUUCCGGAACAGGGCACGUCUACAAAAGUGAAUCACAGACGAAUUCCUACAAAAAGGUCAUCAAUCAGAACGCGGACAAUGGUGUAGCGAUUGAAAUAACUUAUAAAGGUUCAUCUGUGAUGCAUAUUGAGCAACUACCGCAAUCUGAGCGGUUCAGUACAAAGGCAUAUAAUGGACCGGCAUAUCCUCCUCCUCCUCAAAAGAAGCACACAUGUUCAAGGACUCGAUGGGUUGCUCUAUCUGGUCACCAGCAGAAUACCCGGAUUCGCCUACAUCAGCUGUCAGCUACGUUAGCCGCUGCGUCGUUCCAGUGAUCGGUUCGCGCUAUUAAUUACAAGCAGUCAGACAACGAUUUCUUUGAUCUUUGCUUCACUUUGCACAGAAACCCAGUGCUCCUUGUAAACUGAAGUUAGAUUCUACUCAAACACAGCGAAUACUAAAC